GAAAUGCAAUUGGUGAGUAUGAUACAGAGCGCUUGUUAUCAAUCUUAAUUUGCUCUGCAACAAAAGCAUUGAGGAAUUCUCGGGGAUUUUUAUCAUGUCAGUGGAUGACGUUAGAAAAUUCCGAGCUUUGUGUAACCGCAAACGUGUCAUAAUUCAUAUCCAAUGAGGCCCCGCCCUGUCCACAGUGUGCCGCUGACCGCCACCCUCUUCGGGGCUCUACUGUAAAAAUAGUCGCUGCUUCUCACUUCAAUGGCGACCAGCUAGACGAGCCUCCUCUCGCUUCUCGACCAGCAGGUUGGCUCCGGGGAGAGAGCUAACGGGUGCCCGGUAAAAUGGGAUGAUGUAGCGGGAUAACUCCGUUGGGGAAAUGCGCAGCGCCUUAGCAUGCUAGGCUAACACUCGUUUACUUCGAGAAACGACCUAGACCGAGCUAGCUGCUCGAAGCUAACGCGGGCUAGCGUUCACCUGCGGGCUGUUGCUGCUACCAGACCGGCUGUUGCUACUCAACAGGAUGGAAAGUACGAAUGAGAGCGGUUCUGGAGCGUCCUCGGCUUCGCCAGCACCGCAGGGGACGCCCGACCCCAGCAGUGACAGUAACUCCGCAAAGCCGAGCGGAUUAUCCCCGCAGCUCGCUGGGAAGAGACCCUCCAUCGGCGAGGAUGAGGGCGGAGGCGCGGAAGCCAAACUCUUCGGGAAGGGGCUGGGAGCCACCUCCCUUCUGCAGAUUGCGAUAAGGAACGGGAUCUACCAGAACCAGGUGGCCAUCGGUGGCGCGGCGAAGAACAUGAGCAUUCCCGCCGUGAAGUCCGGUAAUGUUUAUACGUUAUCGUCCGCGAACAGCACCGCAUCUGUCAACUCUCUGCUGGGCAGGAGGCGCCACAGACACAAGAGGAAUCUGUCCCUCGGGGCUCCGCCGACAACCAGCUCUCCCGGGGCGUCCUCCGCUGAGGCGGCCGGCCCGGCCCCGUCAGCCUCGCCCCUCAGCACCCUCAGUUUAGAUAGGAAGACCUUCCUGCGGCAGAAGCAGUCCAAGCAGCUCCAGGCCGCGGAUAAAUCGUGGGUGAGAUCGGACCUCCGGCGCGGCUGCAUUCACGUCCACGACUGGCUGAUGCCCUCGCACCCACGGCCGGUGCUGUGCACCGUGGACACCACUGCCAGGGACAUCGCCAGUAAGCUCGAUGGCAGCAAAGCCGGGGCUGUACUGAGACUCAAACCUGCAGCUGCAGUUGAUCCAAAUGACCCGUGCAAAGAUGGACAAACUGAUGGCAGCAAGAGUCAAAUUCCUAACACGGAUGUCAGGACCCCCAGAUCAGAGGAGAACGGUCAUGUGACCUCUAACAUGAUGGAUGAGGGGAAAAGUGCAAGCAACUCCAAUUCUGAGAUCUGUCUGAGUGACAUCGGUGUGGAUGUGAGCGUGGCAGACCGCUACGGGGCGUAUUCCGGCUCUGAUAUGGAGAGCAGCACCUGUGAGGACUUCAGCCCAAGCGGGCCAAGAAGCACAGAGCGCCGAGAUUCGCUCAGCGACGGUCUGGGUUUGGGUACCGACUCCUCAGUUCUGAGUGCGAACUGCGACAGCGCCACAGAAGGACCUGACCCGUUUGAGAGUUCCUCGGAUGAAGUCGACCUCACCUGUUCCCCGCCAACAGCCCCUUCUUCCUCUGGCCCCUCUGCUGCCCCUAACCGAGCCACCAGACAGGACGAUGAUGUAAGUGACACAACUGACAGCCCCAAGAUGGUCAAACGGGCCCCUCCGUGCCCCAGCAGCUCCCAGACUCGCCCCCUGACCAGCAGAAACCUGGACAUCCCUGGACGGGACAGACCGUGGCCCGAGCCCAUCAGCUCCACCCUGACUCCGGCCCUCUUCAUUCAGCUGCACGGGGGCGCCGUGCGGCGGCUGGCGGACGACGAGCGUCCUCUGCAGAUCCUGAGCGACUACCUGUCCAACCUUGGGUUCGAAGAUGGAUGGAGGGCGCAGGAGGAGGGGAUGCACGCCGAAAUCGGCUGCCUCAUCCGCUUCUACUUCGGGAAGCCUCGCAGCGUCGGCGGUUCUGAGCGCGUGCAGCUCUCAGGAGUCUUCAACGUCAGGAAGGGGAAGCUGGCGCUGCCGGUGAACCGCUGGUCAAAGCGGCAGGUCACGCUGAGCGGAACCUGCCUCAUCGUUUCGUCUGUCAAGCACGCCCACACCGGCAAGAUGCACAUCCUCCCCCUCAUCGGGGGAAAGGUGGAGGAGGUGAAGCGGCACAGCCACUGUCUGGCUUUCAGCUCCGCCGGUCCUCAGAGCCAGACCUACUACGUCAGCUACGACUCGUACACAGAGCACCUGCGCUGGCACAGGAUGGCCUCAAAGAUCGCCUCUCAGAGGGUGAACUCCGUCGACCUGUCCUGCUGCAGUCUGGAGGAGCUCCCCCCCCAGCUGUUCUACAGCCACGACCUCACCCACCUCAACCUUAAAAACAACUUCAUGUCCCCCCAUAGGGGAGUCCCAGCACUCACCAGGUUUUGUAAAUUGAGAAGCCUCAGUCUGUCCAACAACGCUCUGUCCGAGUUCCCUCUCUCCCUGUGUGACAUCACCUCUCUCAGCGAGUUGAACCUCUCUGGGAACCGGCUCUCCUGUUUGCCAGCAGAAGUGGGAAGCAUGCACAACCUGCAGACCCUCCUCCUGGACGGAAACCUUCUGAGCUCGCUGCCCACAGAGCUCAGCUCGCUGGAGGGCCUGACCUACCUCGGCUUGUCGUUCAACAGCUUCAGCUGCGUCCCCCCCGUCCUGGAGAAGCUGCGAGGCUUGGAAAGGCUCUGCCUGGCAGGGAACCAGCUCUCUGUGCUGGAUGUGGCCGGCCUGCAGUGGCUGCCUGCUCACUACAUAGAUCUCAGACUGAACCGGCUUCAGGAGGUGACUGCGGCCGACUCGGAGCAGCUGCUUCACGUCACGCAGCUGGACCUGAGGGACACGGGUCUGCAGGAGCUGGACGUGACGUGUCUGACCCGCCUGGAGCUGCUCCGCUGCGACAGAAACUCUCUGUCCGUCCUCAGAGUCAGCGGCCACGCUCUCAAGAGCCUGCACGCCGCACACAACGAACUGAGGCAGCUGGAGGUCCAGCCCGCCCCGGAAAACCUCACCUUUCUGGAUCUGUGCAGGAACAAACUGAGAAGUGUUCCAGACUGGGUUUGUGAAACCAGCAGACUGGAAGUGUUGGACAUCAACUACAACUGCAUCAGCGAGCUUCCUGUUUGGUUGCUGUCCAGCGGGAGCCUCAGGAAGCUGCUGGCGGGCUGGAACCACGUGAGCCAGCUGCCGGAGAGGCUGGAAUCUUCUCAACUGGAAGUUCUGGACCUGCAGCACAACCGGCUGACGGAGCUCCCUCACAACCUCUUCAUCAAAGCACAGAGCUUACGCUACCUGAACGUGUCGGCCAACAAGCUGGACGACAUGCCGGCGGCCGGCACGUCCGAGGACGCCCUCAGCCGCCUGGAGGAGCUCUACGUGACCAACAACAGCCUGACGGACAAAUGUAUCCCCCUGCUGUCCGGACACGCCCUCCUCAAGGUGCUCCACCUGGCCUACAACCAGCUGCAGACCUUCACUGCCAGCAAACUGGCCCGACUGGAGCAGCUGGAGGAGCUGGACUUGAGCGGCAACAGGCUGAGGUCCGUGCCCACCACCAUCCUCAGCUGCCAGCGGCUGCACACGCUGUCGGCCCACUCCAACUGCAUCAACACCUUCCCCGAGGUCCUGCAGCUGCCCGAGAUCAAGUGUGUGGAUCUGAGCUGCAACGAGCUGACCGACGUGACGCUGCCCGAGACGCUUCCUCCCAAGCUGCUGGAGCUCGACCUCACAGGAAAUCCUCGACUCAACCUGGACCACAAGAGCCUGGAGCUCCUGAACAAUAUCCGCUGUUUCAGGGUGGACCCGUCUCCUUCAGCUCAGUGUGCGAGCGAGAGGCACGGCGCCCCCGCGGUCUGGAGCCACGGCUACACCGAAGCCUCUGGAGUCAGAAACAAGCUGUGCGUUGCCGCUUUAGCUCAGGACAGCUUCUGUGGCAUCCGCGAAGCUCUUUACGGGGUCUUUGACGGCGACCGCAACGCCGAGGUGCCUCACCUGCUGCAGUGCACUAUGGGAGAUGUGUUAGCAGAGGAGCUUCACAGAGGCCAGAGGCAGGAGGACUACAUGAGCAACACUUUCCUCACUAUGCAAAGGAAGCUGGGGACCGCGGGCCAGAGGAUGGGCGGGGCGGCGGCUUUAUGCCACAUCAGACACGACCCCACGGCUCCCGGCGAGCACGGCGGCGGCUGCUUCACCCUGAAGGCGGCCAACGUGGGCAGGUGCAGGGCCGUGCUGUGUCGAGAUGGCAAAGCCGUGGAGCUCUCCGACGUCCACACCGUCAGAGAGGAGGAGGAGUACCACAGGGUCAGGCAGCACAACGCCAUCAUCACAGAGGAUAACAAAGUCAGCGGCGUGACCGACUCCACAAGGAUUCUGGGUUACUCCUUCCUCUGCCCCUCGGUGACGCCCCGCCCCCACGUCUCCACGCUGACACUCACACCCCAGGACGAGUUCUUCCUCCUGGGCACUCGGGGCUUGUGGGAGCUGCUGUCCCCCGCGGAGGCCAUCGAGGCGGUGCGAAACGUCCCGGACGCUCUGGCCGCCGCCAAGAAGCUGGUGACGCUCGCCCAGAGCUACGGCUGCUCCGACAGCCUCUGUGCGGUGGUCGUGCAGCUCAGCAUCACCGAAGACUGCUGCUGCUUCUGCGAGCCGCCGCCCCCGCCCCCCAGCCCAGGAGCUUCCCCCGCCGCGCACACGUACUCCUCAUCUAGUGUGGAUGGCGGGAUCUCGUUGCCGCCGACCUCCUCCGGGACGGUGAGCGAGCUGAGCAGCGAGUUCAGCACGUCGGAGAUGAGCAGCGAGGUGGGCUCCACGGCGUCCUCCGAGGAGCCGGUGCCCCAACCCGAGUCCCAGAUGGCCCCCCUGAACCCCGGGGGCCGCGCUGCGGUGAGGAGGCCGGCACACGGGGACGGGGGCUUCCACAGACAGUUUUCCGGCGCUCUGUCUGACAACGGGCUGGACAGCGAGGACGAGGAGCCCAUUGCCGGCGUGUUCUCCAACGGCAGCCGCGUGGAGGUGGAGGCCGACGUGCACUGCCUGCUGCGCCACGACUGCACCCACAUCCACGUGUCUGGCUCAAACGAGUCGCUCUCCGCCCUCUCCCCGUCCCCGGCGCCCCCCUCCUCCCCCUGCCUCGGGGGGACUCUGGGCCGGCGGGGCCGAGCUAACGGCUCCGUCGCCUGUCAGGGCAGGAACCAGGACCUCAUCGAGGAGGCAGCCGACGCCCCCGUCAGGAAGCAGGGGGGCUACUUCAACGCCCCCGCCCAGCCGGACCCCGACGACCAGCUGAUCAUCCCCCCGGAGCUGGAGGAGGAGGUCCGACAGAUCAUCCAGCAGCAGCAGCAGCAGCAGCAGCAGCAGGAGCAGACGCACAACCAGCACAGCUUCCAGAAGGCAGACUACUACGUCACGCCGCUCUGACUGCUGAUCCACCAGCUAGGCUCCGCCCACCAUCCAGACUCUCCACACAGUUUAGGACCACAAACUCUUUCUUAUGGUUUUGCUAACCUCCUUAUUUUCUACUAAUAACCUCUCUCCAAACGCGAUGCAAUUUUUCUAACCCUCCGCUGAAACACAUCGAUGAUUUCUACCAUCUCUAAAAACAGAAGAAGCACUUUGGUGACUCUAGUCCUGUGAGAAACGGUACGUGGAGAGUCCCACCGCUCGGUGUCCACGUUCGGCUGACGGCCUUACUGUUGUUGGAGUUAGUAACUGUUUAACUAACUCCUAGGAGUUUAAUACUUUAAAGUGACCUAGUCACUGAGGCGUACUAAUAUUCUCUGAGAGAAAAGAUGAUUUCUGAUUAUUUCUGAACACUGACGGUCCAGGUUUGGGUUCUCUGGGUCCAGAGUGGUGCUGCAGUGGUGGGGAGAUGUGGAUCUUACCAGCUUAACGAAUGUUCUCAGAACAGUGUUACACACUUGUUGACAAACGCAAACUGCACAACAGAGCUACUUUUGCUAUAAAAUAAAGUUUUCACAAAAGUUGA